ACUGAAUUUGAAAAUGUGAAUGGGUGCAAAAAAAAUACCAAACAACGAAAAUAACCGACUAUCGGUCUCAUAUCGACCAACCACCACAAUCAAGCAUUAAUAGAAUAGCAUGGUAAAAAAAUACCGCGAUACAGCUGUCGAUUAGUCCAAUUUAUCAGUCAGCUAUCGACCCACCACCGCGAUCGAGGAAUAAGGGAAUACAAAAAGUAGCGUGCGCUAUACGUGAAUUCAGAACAAUCUCUUAAAAAAUGGAUGACGGGGAAUAUGAUAAUGAUGAUGUCGGCGGGGAUGAUUUCGAUGAUGUCGAUGAGGACGUGGACGAGGAUAUUGCUCAGGAGGAAGAAGUAGAUAAUAUUGAGAUUAUUGCACCCGGUGGCGCAGGGGGCGGCGGUGUACCUAAGUCCAAGCGGAUCACCACUAAAUAUAUGACGAAAUAUGAGCGCGCGCGUGUUUUAGGCACACGAGCACUUCAGAUUGCAAUGUGCGCACCCAUUAUGGUUGAACUGGAUGGGGAGACGGAUCCACUACAGAUUGCGAUGAAAGAACUGAAACAAAAGAAAAUUCCAAUUAUCAUACGUCGCUUUCUGCCAGAUCACUCGUACGAGGAUUGGAGUAUAGAUGAGCUUAUCAUGGUGGAUAACUAGAUGUAAGAACAGAAUAGCUAUAACAAAUUUAU